CGUGGGCUGCUGAGCCCUGCGCGCGGGGCGGGGAGAGGCGCGGCGGGGCGCGCGUGCGACGGGGCCCCGCGGCGACGGACCAUGACUAUGACCCUCCACACCAAAGCUUCGGGAAUGGCCCUGCUGCACCAGAUCCAAGGCAGCGAGCUGGAGCCCCUCAACCGCCCGCAGCUCAAGAUGUCCCUGGAGCGGCCCCUGGGCGACCUCUCCUACGUGGACGGCGGCGGCAAGCCCGCGGUGUUCAACUACCCGGAGGGCGCCGCCGCCGCGUAUGAGUUCAACGCCGCGGCCGCCUCCGCGCCUUCGGUCUACGGCCAGGCCAGCCUCACCUACGGCCCCGGGUCCGAGGCGGCGGCGGCGGCCGCGGCGGCGGCGUUCGGAGCCAACGGCCUGGGGGGCUUCCCCCAGCUCAACAGCGUGUCUCCCAGCCCCCUGAUGCUGCUGCACCCGCCGCCGCAGCUCUCGCCCUUCCUGCACCCGCACGGCCAGCAGAUGCCCUACUACCUGGACAACGAGCCGAGCGGCUACGCGGGGCGCGAGCCGGGCCCGCCCGCCUUCUACAGGCCAAGUUCAGAUAAUCGACGGCAGAGCAGCCGAGAGAGACUGGGCAGCAGCAGCGACAAGGGAAACUUGGCAAUGGAGUCUGCCAAGGAGACGCGCUACUGCGCGGUGUGCAAUGACUACGCCUCCGGCUACCAUUAUGGAGUCUGGUCCUGUGAAGGCUGUAAGGCCUUCUUCAAGAGAAGUAUCCAAGGUAAUAGGCAUAAUGACUACAUGUGUCCUGCGACCAAUCAAUGCACCAUUGACAAAAACAGGAGGAAGAGCUGCCAGGCCUGUCGACUCCGCAAGUGCUACGAAGUGGGGAUGAUGAAAGGAGGCAUUCGGAAAGACAGAAGAGGAGGGAGAAUGUUGAAACACAAGCGCCAGAGAGAUGACGUGGAGGGCAGGAAUGAAGUGGGGCCCUCGGGAGACAUGAGAGCUGCCAACCUGUGGCCCAGCCCCCUGGUGAUUAAGCACACGAAGAAGAACAGCCCAGCCUUGUCCCUGACAGCCGAUCAGAUGGUCAGUGCCUUGUUGGAGGCUGAGCCCCCCAUCAUCUAUUCUGAGUACGAUCCUUCUAGACCCUUCAGUGAAGCUUCCAUGAUGGGCUUGUUGACCAACCUGGCGGACAGGGAGCUGGUUCACAUGAUCAACUGGGCAAAAAGAGUGCCAGGCUUUGGGGAUUUGAACCUUCACGACCAGGUCCAUCUUCUGGAGUGUGCCUGGCUAGAGAUUCUGAUGAUCGGCCUAGUCUGGCGCUCCAUGGAGCACCCAGGGAAGCUCCUGUUUGCUCCUAACUUGCUCUUGGACAGGAAUCAGGGUAAAUGUGUAGAGGGCAUGGUGGAGAUCUUUGACAUGUUGCUGGCCACGUCGACUCGGUUCCGUAUGAUGAAUCUGCAGGGAGAGGAGUUUGUGUGCCUCAAAUCUAUCAUUUUGCUUAAUUCUGGUGUGUACACCUUUCUGUCCAGCACCCUGAAGUCUCUGGAAGAGAAGGACCAUAUCCACCGGGUCCUGGACAAGAUCACAGACACCUUGAUCCACCUGAUGGCCAAAGCGGGCCUGACACUGCAGCAGCAGCACCGGCGGCUGGCCCAGCUCCUCCUCAUCCUCUCCCACAUCCGCCAUAUGAGUAACAAAGGCAUGGAGCAUUUGUACAGCAUGAAGUGCAAGAACGUGGUGCCCCUGUACGAUCUGCUCCUGGAGAUGCUGGAUGCCCACCGACUGCACGCCCCUGCCAGCCGCCAGGGGGUGGCCCCGGAGGAGCCCAUGCAGAGCCAGCUGACCGCCAAUGGCUCUGCUUCUGCACACUCCUUGCAAACAUACUACAUCUCCCAGGAGGCAGAGAGUUUCUCCAACACCAUGUGAGAACUCCUGGGAGGCCCCCUCCCCAGGUUCUGAGAAUCCCUGUCGCGUUUUACCCACGUCAUGCAUCACUUUCGCAGAAAUUCUGUCUCCUGCAUACACUCCGGCAUGCAUCUGCCACCCGUGGCUUUCUAGUAUGAGUGGCCAUUCAUUUGCUUGCUCAGUUCUUAGUGACAUGUCUUCUGUUGGGAACAGCCAAAGGGAUUCCAGGGCUAACUCUUUGGUAACAGCUCUCUCCCCCUCUUUGCUACAUGAUUAAGAAUGAGGAUUCUUGUAGUGUGCUUCAUGACUGAACUCAGCCUGUGAGAUGUCUGUGGACUGAAGUUUACUAGUUGAGACCCACACCUGGAGAGUAGACAUUUCACCUCCAAUAAGCACUUUGUAAUGGCUCCAAACUAAGCCUCAGGACAGAAUUGAAUGGCUCCUUUAAUUGACACCAUGGAGGAAGAAAGCUAGCUCCAGGCUUCCUCAUGGGCAUGUUGUAUUCCUAUGGUAACCUGUCACUUGUGAACACCAUUAAGGGACACCUCGAUCGUUUUCACUAAAUGGCUUGGGUGUAGCAGCAUGCUUGAUGAACCCCGAUUCAUUUCUCCCCAUAGGAAUACAAGAUGCACACAGGGAAGGAAGAUCCCCUUAUUCUCAAGACUAUGUCGGCUUAAUGCAUUGCACCUUCUUGUCUUGCUGAAACCUACUGCUGGUUUUCCAGAGCACAGGGUUCCAGAUCAGCUUGGCUUUCCACAGACCUGCAGGAAACAGCAAGUUGAUUUCAGUUAAGGCAUACAAACCAGUCUCUAAAAAAAAAAAACACUUUUUUUGGCUAUUAUUUUUAUAAAAGAAAGCCUUUUUAGCUCCCAAGGACUUAGCAGUCAAAAACAGCUUCUGGACCUAUUCCAGCGGGGCUUUGGCAUUCACCACCAGAGGGCGCCCUACGUGGCUCUCCCAGCUAUGACUUCACACUGCAUUUUUCUCACAUAGAGGGAUGAAGGGCAGUUUCGAUUGAGCGAGCACCUUAGUGAUGCUUUCUGUUGUUAUUGUUGUUUUGAUUUUAGGCUUGGGGAGCGGGGUUAACUAGUAACUGGGUGUGAUCCAUUGUGGGCUGCUAGAGAACAAGAAGGAAAGUAGGGGAGAAACUGAUCAAACCAGGCUGCAGUUUCCCAGGGGUGCACACCCCAGGCAGCACAAUGCACAGAGGGCUUGCCCUGCGAGCAGCCGGUGGUCUGCCUCCCCUUCAUUUCCCAUGUGGCCCUGAUGGUAGGAAACAGCAGAGGGCAGCUGCAUUCUUCUAGUUGGCCUGGGACCCUGGGGGCUGGUCAGUGCUCCUCUAAAAAUAAGCUGGUUUGGCCUUGGGAAGUUCUCCCCCCUCCCCCCGCCCCGACUUCUACUCCUUCUGCCCUUAAACUGCAUAACCCAAGAGAAUGAGACCAAAACUGGGCCACAAGAAUCCUUUUCACAACAGCCACCCCACAAAAAAUGAAAAAAGAAAAGCUUUCCUUAGCCACGGGGCCAUUUUCCCUGGGCCUUUGCUUUUCUAGUACAAUUCUGGGUGGUUUCAUUUUCUGAACCCAAAUGAAACUUUGAUCUUCCCUGACUUCAUAGACUACAGUUGCAACACUGCCGAGAGGCCACAUAGUAGAUGGCAGCCCAGGGAAAGGGCCAGGCUUCUAGCCGAGUUAGAUCGCAGCCCUAGUGAGUGGCUAGGCUUCUAGAUACAUCGAUACAUCCUGUUUGGAGAGGUGAGUUCCACUAAGUGGCAGCCAAUGAACUAGAAUACUGGGGCCCCCAAAUAAGUAAAGCUUUCUCUUUUUAUUUUUUUCUCCAUGCAUGUACAUCUAAAUUUGGGGGGCAAUUUUCUGUAUCCUCAUGAAGAAUAUGUUUUAAGAACACAAUUCUUUCGUUGUUUGUUUUAAAAAGUACCUUAUAAAGUAUAAUAUAUAUUUUUUGAAAUUGAAUUGCUUGUUUAUCGGACAAUUGAAUGUAAUAAUUCUGUACUGGAUUUAAUUUUGACUGGGUUGACAUUGCAAAAACCAAGGGAAAAUGUUGAUUUUUUUUUGUAUACUUUUCAAGCUACCUUGUAAUGUACGCAGUUAGUUAUUGAUGCCUAAAGCCUGGUGAUUAUUCAUUUCAAUGAAGAUCACAUUUCAUAUUAACUUUUGUAUCCACAGUAGACAAACUAGCACUAAUCCACAUGCCUAUUGUUGGAUAUGGAAUGACAGACAAUCUUAAUGUAGCAGAGAUUAUGCCUGAAAAGGAGAAUUAUUCAGGGCAGCUAAUUUUGCUUUUACCAAAAUAUCAGUAGUAAUAUUUUUGGACAGUAGCUAAUGGGUCAGUGGGUUCUUUUUAAUGUUUAUACUGAGAUUUUUCUUUAAAAAAAUAAAAACAAAAUAAAACAAAAAAAAAAAACCUCUAGGACUAUAGAUGAUGUAAUACCAGCUAAAUCCAAACAGUUAUGUGGUAGAAGAUUUUUACAUGAUUCAUCUACUGUGUCUGUAUUCUUGUUGAGAUACUACUACAUUUGAAACGGGCAGAGAACAUUGGAUGGUUGAACUGUGAGCCCUUGAGUUUCAAGCAACUUUGGAAGUCUCUUUUUAAUUCUUAUUUGAAGUGCCAAUAAUGAGUAGCUGACAUUUCCCAGCUGAUGUUGGUGCAGGGCAGAGGGGACAUGUGGAGAAAUUGUGCUUUCUUCCCACUUUGAGGAAAUUUAAGGUCUGAAAGGUAUUGAACUACCUGCAGGUGCAGGGUAGGGUAAGGAAAAGGUCUUGGGAAUUUGAAGAAUGGGGAAAACAAGAGACUAAGAGCAUUGACAGUCCUCUGACUCCUGGAGGGGAUGCUGGGGGCUGCUCUUCUGUUUCUGCCCUGUAAUCUGAAACUAACUAGUCAUUUUCAAUAUGGCUGCUUGAGUUUGUGGGCAGAGUACGGCAUCAGCAGCUAAAUCCAAAGAAUAAUGAGAGGUCAAGUGUCUUUCAGCCAUCUCCGAGCUUGCUGUCAUGAUUCUGCGAUGCUAUCUUACAGCAAUGAGUGAGACACCCCAAGAGAAGACCCUAUUGGUAUCAGCCACAAAAUCUCAUCCAUCCUGAAGGAAGUGCAAUCACUGAGAGAUGUCCAUGAUUGCAAAUGUUUCCCCAUGCCCUAUUCCAGGCCUUGUGGGGGCUGAACAAAUAAAUGACUUUCUGAUUUACUUUUAAUCCUAUUAAGGUGUUCGCACUUUGAAAUGGCCAUUGAUUUAGACUGUUGGCUUAGAGUCCCUUACUCCUCAAGGAGGCCAAUUGCAAAUCCCUUCCUUGAAUACUUUCCAACCUGGAGACAGGCUGUGGAUACUGGGAACUCUCACCAGCCCAUCGUGAUGUCUGAGAUUCACAGGCAGGUCUGUGUGGGGACAGCGGCUCUGUGAAAGGCAAAUGGAGUCAUGCAGUAGCUCAGAAGGAAACCACGAUCCUUUUUUGGUGCAAGUCUUGGGAGGUUGAUCCAGAUUGGGCUGUAAACCUCCCAGCUUCACCCCUUGAGAAGGAACUCCCUCUCAGACAAAUGAGCUCAACUGUGGUCCCAGAUAUCCCACCUUCUCAUCCGUGUGAUUCUGCUGUUUUCUAGCUGUCUUUCCUUUCCACUGAAAUCAAAUUGUGGUCCCUUUUGAAAUCACUUUAAAUUGUUUGCUAAGUAAUUGCUGCAUCUAGUACAGCAUUCGAUUUUUGCACUGUCUUUCAGAGACACAAGAAAAAUUUCUAUUCUUUUUUUUUUUUUGCAUCCAAAUGUGCCUGAACUUUUUAAAUACGUAAAUGCUGCCAUGAUCCAACCCCAUCUUCAGUGUGUGUGUGUGUGAGUGUGCGUGUGUGUGCGCGUGUGUGUAUGUAUAUGUGUAUACAGAGCUGUGCACCCUGGAAAUAACAUACAGUCCCAUGAACAGGUGCCUAAGACAUGGACCCCUUUGUGUUUGCAGAGAGGUCAUUGGUCAUAGAGACUUGAAUUAAUAAGUGACAUUAUGCCAGUUUCUGUCUUCUCACUGCUUAUCCACAAUGCUUUGUGUGCACUACAUACUCUUCAGUGUAGAGCUCUUGUUUUAUGGGAAAAGGCUGAAAUGCCCCAUUGUGUUUGACGGACGAAUACACUCGCCUGCUGAUGCAUUCAUACAAUUACUGAUGUGAUCCUGUUUUGGUCUUAGCUUUGCUUUGUUUAAUGAAACACACUUGUAAACCUCUUUUGCACCUUGAAAAAGAAUCCAGCAGGAUGCUUAAGCACCUGUAAACCAUUUUUUUCUCAACCUAUUUGAUGUUCAAAUAAAGAAGUAAACUAAA